GGUGCCGCUUCCUCCUGGCGCCCAGGCCCGCGCCGGCGAGCGCGACCCUCGCGGCACCCGCCCGCCCCUGGCCCUGCCCGCGCUGGCGCACGACCGUGGCGAUGAGCAGCCUCAACCGCACGUCGCCGCUGCCCCGCGACGAGCCUGGCCGGGGGAUGCCCUCCACCAUCACUGACAUCGCUGUCAUAGCAGGCGUGAUUGCUGCGGUGGCCCUCGUCCUGGUCUGCCUCCUCCUUGUCAUGCUACGCUACCUGUGUCGGCACAAGGGCACGUACCACACCAAUGAGGCCAAGGGCACGGAGUUUGCUGAGAGUGCAGAUGCAGCCCUGCAGGACGACCCUGCCCUCCAGGAUGUUGGUGGUGGCAGCAGAAAGGAGUACUUUAUCUGAGGGGCUCCUGACCUCACCUCCCCAAAUGCUUCCUCAAGCCCCAUCGUAGAAAAUGCACCCCACCACCCACCAGCGCUGCUGGGACCUCCGUGCAGACUGCAAGAGCAGCCGCCUCUUCCCGCCCCCCGCACCUGGGAGCACUCGGUGCCCACCCAGGGAGGAAAGCAGGGUCUCUAGCUGCGAGAGGCAUCUCCCAGGGACACAGGGAGGCAGAGGCCACCCCGAGAGGCCAGCCUUUGCUCUGGCAAAGAGGGAGAAAGUCUGAGCACACAGGUCUCCUGGGCAGGCCGAAAGGUCAUCUCAUUGGCGUGAAAGUCCUUGCGGAGGGUGAGUGGGCGCGGGCCUGGGGGCCGGGAAGCAAGGAAGUGCAUCAUCAGUGCACUGCCCGAGGAUAGCGGCAUCAAAUGUCAGUCCUUGACAUUUGGGGUGAACAGCAGGUGCCACAGUGAAAGGGUACCUUUGUCUCCCAUUGAUCCAGCUUGAAAUGAUUGGAAAUAAAUUUGAAAUGUAACAGAGCA